GAGCAAUUGCAAUAGUUAACCGUCACAUCUGUCAAACAUUGCUACCGUAGAUAUUUGGCUCGCAGUGCGUCAGCACAGUAUGAAAAUAUAAACGAACUUUCGAUCGAAGAGCAGAUUUUUUUAUUUUUUUUUACUAAUUUAGCAUUUUUUUUUCAAUAUUUCAUUCACAAUGAGUUUGUUGUCCGAAGUGAUAAAUGUGGUGAAAGAAAGUGAAAUAUCAAAUGCACGCGUGAGUCUGAAGAAAAUCAAUCAGGAGAUACGAAAUUUGCAAAAUGAAUCAAAGGUGUAUUUGGAAGAGAAUUAUGUCGAAUUCAGCGAUGCGGUAAACGAGAACAGCGAAUAUUUAGAUCAAGCGGACGGUUUGUCACGAGAAGUGGAGAAAUUGCUUGACGGCAUUGAUCGUGAUGCAAAAGAUGGAAUAUUGGCGGCUGCCGACGAUGUACAGCGGUACUUGAGAGAGUUGGAAGAAAUUCGAGUCGGUCUACGUGUGAAUCAACGUCUAUUACGUAUCGAAGAUUUGUUCCAAACAUUGGACGAAUUGAAACAGAGACAAUCGUUCGGUGAAAUUCGUGACACCAUCAAUGAGUUGCGCGAUGCAAUCUUCGACGAAGAGGACAAAGAAAUCAUACGUGAACUAUCGUGUUUCCAAAGCAUGAAGCUAAAAUGGCAUGUUGAACAUGAAACACUGCUUGCUACACUACAAUCCCAGUUCAAUUCAUUCGUUCAACUGCAGGAAAAAGUUUUUCAAAACACCAAAUGCGUUACGGUUAAGGUGAGCAGUGAUAAGAUUGCAUUGCAAGACAUUCUUCACAUGCUGUUUGAAACGAAUUUCAAUGCACAACGCUUGUAUACGUUUUUCAUUAAGAACGUUUUCGAGCCUAUCAUCACGCGGCCAGUCAGUUUUGAAGUGAAUAAAUCGGAAUCGAAAGAAGAACGAUCUGGAAUUGAAUACAAUAGCUUUACAUUAUCGUUCAGCACCAAGCCGUACAUUUACGGUGAAUCAACGAAUUUACGGCCACACUAUAAGCAUGUUUUCAAUUAUCUAACGAAAGUGUUGAAUAUUUUGAGUAACAUUAACAUUAAUUUGCCGAAUGAUAAAUGGAUGUUUCAACAAAUGACCGAACGUGUUGGCGAAGAAUUCUAUAAGUUGCUCAUCAAUGAAUGUUUAACAUACGCCAUUCCGGAUACGAUUGAAGGCCUUAGCUCAUCCGAAUUGGCUAAAGAAAUUAAAGAAUUUGAUCAAUUGCUAAAAAAUUAUCAUUUUAUCAGCGAUGAAAACGCGAUAAAACUCACCGAAUUCGCUGAUAAAAUCGAUGUCAUUUUUAAGAAACGUUUUUGUUUGAAUAUUGUCAAGAGUGCCGUAAAUAUAAUGCAAAAAGAUUUACACGAAAUGCAAGUGGUCGAUGAAACCAAAUGGAAUGGCUCAUUUCCACGCUGCAUGGUAUCACGCAAUACGUUCGAGCUCAUUGAUCUGAUGGAAAAGGUGUUGAGAGAAGCAAACGAUUUGUCCGGCAAACAAGUGGAGGAAUACGUGUUGACCGACAUUCAAGAGCGAUUGCAAGCAACGAUACCCAUGAUUUUGGAACAAUAUGCAUCGGAAACCAUUACGGCACAUGGCAAAUUUCUACAAACCAUACCACAGCAAACGGCUUUGUUCCAUAACAACUGCUCGUAUUUGGCUUGGUGGCUCAACAACUGUGGCAAAGAUUCAGAUAGUCCAGAGAUUGCCAUCGAACGGCGUGACAGCAUCGUUUCCAGUCUACAGGAACAAGGUUCGAAACAAUUUGCUCUGCAAAUUGCCAAUCAACGCACGCAGCUAAUGGAAAUUCUUAAAGAAUUUGAUCUAACCGAUUCGAUGGUUGAGCUGGGUCCACAAGCCUACAAAAUCGUGCGUCAAUGUAUGCGACAGUUGGAUCUAUUGAAAAAUGUCUGGCAAACAAUUCUACCGGAGCUGGUGUACAGCAAGAGUCUAGGCACUAUUCUCAACGAUUUGUGUGAUGAAAUCAUACGAAAGGUGGUAGCACGCGAAGAUAUUUCAUCGUCCGUUGCCAAUGGCCUGGUAAACAUCUGUGAAGUGAUUCUCGAAAGAGGACCAACGUUGUUUGCGGAUCCACUUGAUGUGUCGAUCUAUGUAAAGCACUGGGUCAAACUACAGCAGAUCAAGAUGAUUCUGAAUGCAUCAAUGGCACAGAUUGCCGAACAAUGGGCCGAUGGCAAGGGACCACUAACGUUAAAUUUCCGUGCAGAGGAUAUUCGCCAUUUAAUACGUGCCUUAUUCCAAAACACGGAUCGACGUGCUAAUGUCUUGGCCACAAUAGUUUAAUGCGAAUGCAUUGAUCAACAUUCAACCAUUUUCAUCACAUUCAUUUUUUGGGAAACAUUUUUUUUUGUUAUACAAUUUGAAAGCAUCCAAAUCAAAAAGAAUUUGUACUCAAAUAAAAUUUCAUACAAGAAGAAUAAAACGAAACCAUUUAUAUACACA